AUGGGUAGAAGAGCUAAGAAUAAACAAGGAGUGCCUCCUUCAUAUGAAGAAUUCCAAGCUGAAAAGAAUAAGAAAGAUCAUAAACGAAAACGAAGCCAAGAAACUGUUGAUAAACCUGUUAAAAAAUCAAAAGCAGAAAUACCCAAGGUCAAAAAAUCUAAGAAAAGGCAAGAAGAUAUUGAGGAAGAACCUAAAGAUUUACCUCAAGUUGAUCUUGAAGAAUUAUCAUCUGCUAGAAAAUCAUUAUUUGAUGAGUCAGAAGAAGAGGAAGAAGAAUUAAAUGAUGAAUUUGAUAUUGAAGGUGGUGAAGAUUUCCAGGACUCAGACGAAGAAGUACAUACUAAGCCUAUGUUUUCAGACGACGAUGAAGAUGAAGAUGAAUUGGAAAAUUUAAAUGCUGAAAAUAUGGAAGCAUAUUCAAAACAAUUAGAUGAAGAAGAUGAAAUUGAAGCAGAAGAAGCAGAACAAGAAUUAAUUGAAGGUGAUUUAAAACAGCCAAGAGCUAAAGUUUUACCUACCGCCGAAGAAGAAGAGGAAACUAAAGGACAACCAAAGGAUAUAACCAUGAUACGUACUAGAAUGUUGGAAAUUAUAAAAGUUUUGGAAAAUUUUAAAGAAUUAGCAGAAGAAGGAAAAUCAAGAACAGAAUAUACAACACGAUUAAUCCAAGAUAUAUGUGAUUAUUUUGGAUAUUCUGAAUUUUUAGCUGAAAAACUAUUUAAUUUAUUUUCACCAAGUGAAGCUAUGGAAUUUUUUGAAGCUAAUGAAAUUGCAAGGCCAAUUACAAUUAGAACAAAUACAUUAAAAACAAGAAGAAGAGAUCUAGCACAGACGUUAGUUAAUAGAGGUGUUAAUUUACAACCAAUUGGUAAAUGGACAAAAGUUGGUUUACAAAUUUUUGACUCACAGGUUCCAAUUGGUGCAACUCCUGAAUAUUUAGCAGGUCAAUAUAUUUUACAAGCUGCUUCUUCAUUUUUACCAGUUAUGGCUUUAGAACCACAAGAAAAUGAAAGAAUUUUAGAUAUGGCUGCUGCCCCAGGUGGUAAAACUACUUAUAUAUCAGCAAUGAUGAAAAACACUGGUUGUGUAUUUGCAAAUGAUGCAAAUAAAGCAAGAACAAAAUCAUUAAUUGCAAAUAUUCAUAGAUUAGGUUGCAAAAAUACAAUAGUUUGUAAUUAUGACGCAAGAGAAUUUCCAAAAGUUAUUGGUGGAUUUGAUAGAAUUUUAUUAGACGCUCCUUGUUCAGGUACUGGUGUUAUUGCAAAAGAUGAAUCAGUCAAGGUUUCAAGAACUGAAAAAGAUUUUAUGCAGAUUCCACAUUUACAAAAACAAUUAUUAUUAUCUGCAAUUGAUUCAGUUGAUGCAAAUUCUGCAACUGGUGGUAUAAUAGUUUACUCAACUUGUUCAAUUGCAGUUGAAGAAAAUGAAGCAGUUGUAGAUUAUGCUUUAAGAAAAAGACCAAAUGUGAAGUUAGUAGAUACGGGUUUAACUAUUGGUAAAGAAGGUUUUACAUCUUAUAGAGGUAAACAUUUUAAUUCAAAAAUAAAUUUAACAAGAAGAUAUUAUCCACAUACUUAUAAUGUUGAUGGAUUUUAUGUUGCAAAAUUUAAGAAAAUUGCUCCUUCACCUCAUGAUAUUUCAAAAGCUGGUGCAAAGGAAAAAGAAAAUGCAGCCAGAUUAGAGUUAGAAGAAGAAGGUAUUAUACAUGAUGAUUUUGCUGAUUUUAAUAAUGAUGAAGAUAAAGAAUUGAUUGAAAAAUCAAAGAAAUAUAGUAUGAAAAAGAAAGGUAUAAAUCCAAAUUUGUAA